GCUGCAUUUAUUGUACUAGUUAAAUUAAUGUUUGUUUAUGGACCGUUGAACUUUGUUGAUGCCGCAAAUUAUUUCAGAUAUAGACGACAAACAGAUAGCAGCGGGUGUACCCUUCCUUCUCAUCCUGAACACGGUCGUUGGACAGUCCUAAAUGGAAAUGGUAAUCCGGGCGGCAGAGUAUUGAUAGCAAGUGUUAUUAUUUUCGAAUGCGAUGCGGGGUACAAACUGUCCAGUAAAAUUCCUUUAGUUUGCCUUGGACAGUGGUCUUCGCCGGCACCCGAAUGCGAUGAGUUGUGUCCUCCCCUGUACCCUUCGGAUACAUACGAUUUGAGAUGCGUCGACAAAGUAGGAAAGGAAGUCAGUUGCACUGAAGCAGGGCAUGGUACAAUCCUAGAAUACACUUGUAAGACAUCCUAUGAAACUCCUUUUGGUUACAAGAAGACGCUUUUCUGUGAAAACGGGAAAUGGGAUCGCUCCACACCAGUGUGCCAACCAGUAUGUGGGAAAAAAAUUAGUAAUGACGCAAAGCCGACGAUCUAUGGUACAGAUCCCAACGAAAAGAUAGAAUAUCCAUGGAUUGCUGCAAUUUAUUCUAAGUUAAAAGAUUCGUUCGAAAAUGUUUGCGUAGGAUCUAUUUUAAGUCAAACAGUGGUGUUGACAGCUGCACACUGUGUUACAAAUGACUUCGGAAAUGUGCUGCCAACAGAAGAUUAUCUGAUUGGAGUAGGAAAAUUAUACAGAAGUUACCAAGCCCCUGAGGAUAAAAAUGCUCAAUAUCUAGAAUUGUCUAAGAUUAUAGUGCCUGAAGAAUAUAAAGCAGAUACAAGAAAAUUUUCUGCAGACAUAGCCGUUUUAGUGGUUAAGAAGGAAAUCUCUUUGACUAAAGUGGUGCAACCUGUUUGUUUCACGAACGUGAAGAACAUCCACUUACAUGCGGGAAGUAUAGGAGAGGUAUCAGGUUGGGGAUUUACAGAAAGUAAUACUCCAUCAGAAGUCCUGCGAACUCUGGUGAUCCCUUACAAGUAUGAAACUAUUUGCGCAAAUGAGUUACCUCCCGACUGGGCCGAUAGAUACAAUUCAAAAGACAAAAUUUGCGCCGGUUUUGUCAAUAAAAGCAUGAGCGUGUGUACUGGAGACAGUGGCGGAGGGCUGGCUUUCAGAUACCGAGAGGACAACAGAUAUUACAUUCACGGCAUCGUCAGCUUGUCUCAUCAGAUUGAAGGCAUGUGUAACAUCCAACAGAACUCACUUUACACUAGCGUAGCUUAUUACUACGACUUUGUGGAUCGCCUUUUAACAAAAUACGCUCCUCAAAUUAAAGAUUGCGUAUUGCCAGCCUAUCCCCAGAACGGCAAAUGGACGACAGGAAAAGAUUAUAAACCUGGAGAUUCCGUUCCAUCAAGUACGCUUCUGAAGUUUCAAUGUGACGAAGGUUUCAUAUUGUCUUCCACAGCAAAAGUAGAAUGCAAAGCAUCGUACAAGAUGCCUACCUGUGAGAAAUUGUGUGAACCGUUACAGUUUCCUAGGGAUACAGAAUUUUACUGUUACAACAAAGUUUCAGACAUAUCUGAUUGUAAGAAAGCUGUCGAAGGAUGGGCAUUAUCGUACCCUUGUCCUAGUGGGUACCUUGAGACAAAUUAUCUUCGUGUGAUAAAUUGCGCUAAAGGAACUUGGGGAAGGCCCAAACCAGAAUGCAUUCCAGAAUGUGGUAGAACAGUUGCUGACUUUUCUGGUACUGGAUCGGAAUAUCCCUGGAACGUAGGAGUUUACAAGUUAAACAACAGUACGGAAGAGAAAUACAAAUAUGUUUGUGGUGGGUCCUUACUUUCUCAAUAUAUUGUAGUGACAGGCCUGGUCGCUCUGUAGAAGAACGAACGCGCGGGAAAAGACGGCACAUACACAGCCGCACUAGGCGACCUGGCCAUAAAUU